UCUCCCGGGUUUUCAAUGAACGCGCUGUAUGCUCCAUCCCCGUUCUAUGACAUCACUUCCAGAGCCUCCCAGCCGCUUCCUCUCCUAGUCUUUUCUAGUUGCUGGUAUCUAGGUGUUACUUUAGAUGUGACAGAAUUUCGUACAGACGAGAACGCCCAUUUUCAGGUGUGUGCAAAUUUCAUUAAAAUGGAGGAUGUACUUUCUAGUGAAGACUUCGGUAGACGAAUCAUUUGCGAUGGGGAGUAUGGAACAGUGUGUUAUGUUGGUACCAUUCCACCAACUUCAGGCCUUUGGCUAGGAAUAGAGUGGGACCAUCCUUUGAGAGGAAAACACAAUGGCUCCCAUGAAGGAAGAAGAUAUUUUACAUGCAGGCAUCCUACAGGAGGCUCUUUUAUUAGGCCAAAAAAAGCUAAUUUUGGUGUCUGUUUCCUAACUGCAUUGAUUAAGCGAUAUGGCAGAAAUGAUGAAUGGAAUGAAAAAAUGGUGGUUGGAAAAAAACACGUGGAACUUGUUGGAUUUGAAUCUAUUCAAGAAGAACAAAGCCAGUUAAACGCAUUGUCUGAUAUUUCAUUGCGAGGAUGCGAAGUCAGUAAUGCUGGACAGAAAGUAGAGAUCCUUCACUCAUGUCCAAAUAUUUCUGUGUUAAAUUUGUCAAAAAACCUUCUGGCUUCAUGGGAAAACGUAGCAGACAUUGCCUGUCAGCUCAAGAAACUGAAUACCCUUGAUCUCAGUGAAAACAGAUUUUACCCUCCAUCUCAUCCAUCUUUAUUAGCAAAUGCCUUUGAAAAUCUGACAACACUUUCACUCAAUCAGACAGGAAUAACAUGGAAAGAGGUGUUGCAGUGUGCUGCAAUGUGGCCAGUGCUUGAAGCGCUACAUCUAGCAUCAAACGGUAUUUCGUCAAUGGAAAGGCCAGUCAACUGUCUCCAGAGUUUAACACUCCUCAACAUAUCAGAUAAUAAGCUUAGUGAUGAAAAACAGCUGUAUGCACUGUCAGAAUUGCCAAGAUUGAAACAACUGAUAAUUACAAACAACAGAAUUUCAUCAGUUGAAUUUCCUGUCACUCGGUUUGGCUGCAGUACCGAAUUUUUUUCAUCGCUAACUAGUUUGUCAGUUGAUGGCAAUAAUGUAUCCCUGUGGUCAUUUAUUAAUGAGUUGAAUAAACUGAAGCGCUUGCAAUCUCUUAAUUGCCAAAACAACCCUUUAAUGGAAAGUGAGAAGAACCCUGGAACUGUCCGACAGCUUAUAAUUGCAAAAAUAGCAAAUCUAAAGUAUUUGAACAAGACAGAGAUUUUGCCGGAAGAAAGAAGAGGAGCUGAACUUGAUUACAGAAAAUUUUUUGGGAUUGACUGGCUAAAAGCAGGUGGAAGUCAUAAAAGUGAAUUCAACAAUCUUUGUGUGAUGUUUCUAGUGGAACAUCCACGUUACACUGCUCUUGUUAAAAAAUAUGGGGCUCCUGAUGAUGAGGAAAUUAAAUCACUGCAGCCAGUCAACUUGAAAAAUAAGUUGCUUUGUUUAACUAUUAAGUGUCCUGACAAGCCAGAUCAACAACCCAUAAAAAAGAAUCUUCCUGAUUCUAUGUCUGUUCAGAAGUUAAAGGGUUUGCUGUUUCGUCUGUUGAAGGUGCCAGGUUCUGAGUUAAAACUUACAUAUGAAAGUUCUAAGAUGGAAGGCAAAGAAAUUGAACUUGAAAAUGACUUGAAGCCCUUGCAGUUUUAUUCCGUAGAAAAUGGAGACUGUGUAUUGGUUAGAUGGUGAUAAAACACUACAAUGAGCCCAGCAGCCCCAAGUUCUUUUUUUUAAAUCCGCCUUACGAUGCAUAUAGUUAUUAAACAUUUAUUGAAAUUGUAA